GGAGGUUUAAAUGACAGCCGCACGGCGCGUGUUUCGGUGCUGGUGACCCAGGGACACGGCAGGCGUGUGGAGGCUCCUGGCCUUUCUAACAGUGCAGGUUUCAUUGGUUUCUGUUCGUCAGACGCAGUUUCUCACCUCCCACAGCCUUACACGCAGCUCUGUUUACAGUUUACAUUUGCAGCCAUGUUUAAGACCAGUAGCGAAGACUUGCUUCUGCCUUCACCUGAGCUACUGGACAGCAUGCAGUCUGUGGAGGAAUCUGACGGUGACUGUGGUGGAAGCACCGUAUCGUUGGCCGAAGCCCUGCUCCCUGUGACAGAGUCCUCACCACCCCUGAUCCCCUGGGUCUGUUCAACCCGCUACAAGACGGAGCUCUGCACCAGUUACUCAGAUGAUGGUUUCUGCAAGUAUGCCGAGCGCUGCCAGUUUGCCCACGGCCUCCACGAACUCCAUGUUCCCUCCCACCAUCCAAAGUACAAGACGGAGUUGUGUCGCAGCUACCACACAGGUGGCUACUGCUACUAUGGCAACCGUUGCCUGUUUGUCCACAGUCCCACAGAGCAGCGCCCCAACCUCCGUCGUCGCAGGAACGUCCCAUGCCGCACCUUCCGUGCCUUCGGGAUUUGUCCCUUUGGAACCCGCUGUAACUUCCUGCAUGUGGAGGGUAAAGAUGAAGAUGGCCGUCACGAUUUGGCCAAUGUUGGUGAAAAGACCUCACUUGUGCAAAACCCCCAGCGCCAUCAAAAGACCAAGGGGUGGAAACCUCGAGGGGCUCUGUGCCGCACCUUCAGCGCCUUUGGUUUCUGCCUGUACGGAACCCGCUGUCACUUCCAGCACGGCCUCCCUGACAGGAUAAAACCCUCCAGUCAACACAAAGGGUUGCUGUCCACAUGCGCUUCACGUUUACCUUCUGCAUCAGACUCUUCAGCCUCAUCUCCUCCACCCACCACCCCAGAAGCACCAGCACACAAUGCUUUCACCUUCUCCAGUCAGCACUUAAAUGAUCUGCUCCUGCCACUGGCCCUCCACCUGCAGAAGCUGGAGAGCACAAAGGGCCAGGAGAUCUGGGCCAACAGGAUGCUCUAAACUCAUUCAAUCAGAAUUGCUGCUGAAGACCUUUUUUUCUUCUUUUUUUUUUUUCUCUUUUAUGUAAUUAGCCCCACUUUAUCCCAAGGUUUUUUGUAUACAUGUUCUAUUUGACUUGAGCUUGUUUCAGAAGGCCCAAGCAGGCCUUGGCAAACAUGACUGUUCAGUCAUGGAUCAGUCUGGAGUAGCUCUGGAAAGAGAAUCUUACAGGUGCAGCUAUAUGUGUAAUAUUUUUAAUUGUACAUGGCUAUAUGUCUGCCCAAAGCACUGUAAAUAAACCAUGUUUCUUUUUUUU